UAAAAGAAAGGUCUUAAGAACAAGAGUCUGAGUGUUGAUUGAAAACGCAGCGAUCAUGCGAGCUUCACCAAGGAAACUGUUGCAAGGGGCAACGGGGGUUGUGUUUCUCGUGUACUAUACAACUCUUCUCAUUUUCUGGGAGCAUAGGGAUCCUCCUAUGUCUAAUCCCUCAAGCAAUAUUAUGAUGAAUCCCAACGAAGAGGGACGACCACUGGGGUUUCAGGAACGAGCACCUCGAUCGUUAUCCGAGACUGAUUAUCCCGUGGAGGAGCCGGAAAAUUUAAAUAAUCAUAACUCUAGCACAACUGAACAUUUCGAAUCGACAACUCCUUCAAUGGUUGUUAAAGCUGUCCGGAAAAUUACUCCAAAUACUGUCGAACUUAAAGAUGUUUUCAUCACUGUAAAAACAACCAAAAAUUUCCAUCAGCCACGACUAGAUUGGAUCCUCAAGACUUGGUUUGUUCUCGCAAAAGAACAGACGUUCUUCUUCACAGACGCUAACGAUCCAGACUUUCAGUCUAGAACAGGUGGUCAUCUCAUCAACACAAAUUGCUCUCCGUCUCAUAAUAGGAAAGCCCUGUGUUGUAAGAUGUCCGUUGAAUUUGACAGGUUCCUGGAAAGCCAGAAAAAGUAUGUAUAUUUCAUACAAUACUAA